CCGCCUCAUUCGCGGAGCCAGUCCUUCAAUGGUCAGAGCGCUCCGGGCGGCUGCGGAGCCGGGGCGGCCGCGGGCUGGUCGUGCUGCUCUCUCGGAGGUGCCUGCCCGAGCCGAUCCGCCCCCCCGGUCGCUGCUACCGGGCAACUUGGGAAUCUGGACCCGCAGCAGAGGCGUUGCUUUGAGAUCGGGACUUGGCGGCCAGGAUGGAAAUCCUGUAUGAAUGCGGAAGCCAUUAGCAGAGUAAUUGCUGUCUGUUACCAUGACAACCAGCCGCUGCAGUCACCUGCCAGAAGUGCUGCCAGACUGCACCAGCUCCUCUGUGCCCCUGGUGAAGACUGUGGAGGAUUGUGGCAGCCUAGUGAAUGGGCAGCCACAGUAUGUCAUGCAAGUUUCGGCCAAGGACGGGCAGCUGCUGUCAACAGUAGUGCGGACUCUUGCCACCCAGAGCCCCUUCAAUGACCGGCCGAUGUGCAGGAUCUGCCACGAGGGCAGCAGCCAAGAGGACUUGCUCUCUCCAUGUGAAUGUACGGGGACCUUGGGGACAAUUCACCGGAGCUGCCUGGAGCACUGGCUGUCAUCCUCAAACACCAGCUACUGUGAACUCUGCCACUUCAGGUUUGCAGUCGAGCGCAAACCCAGGCCAUUAGUGGAGUGGCUCAGAAACCCAGGCCCUCAGCAUGAGAAGCGGACUCUGUUCGGAGACAUGGUGUGCUUCUUGUUCAUAACGCCCCUGGCCACCAUCUCGGGCUGGCUCUGCCUGCGGGGCGCCGUGGACCACCUGCACUUUAGCAGCCGGCUCGAGGCCGUGGGACUGAUUGCACUCACUGUCGCACUCUUCACUAUUUACCUCUUUUGGACACUAGUGUCGUUUAGGUACCACUGUCGAUUGUACAACGAAUGGCGUCGGACCAAUCAAAGGGUGAUUCUCCUCAUUCCAAAGUCUGUCAACAUACCUUCCAACCAGCAGUCCUUGCUGGGCCUCCAUUCUGUCAAGAGGAACUCAAAAGAGACGAUUGUCUGACAUUUGUGUGGUUGGUUGGUUGGUUGGUUGGUUCACUCCUUGUUUGGGUUUGGAAGUGCCCACACUGGGGCCGUGCCCUGAGCCACCCCGGAACCGUUCCAGAAGCCCGUGGGUCUAAGAACAUCCAGAGCCGCGUGAACACAGUGCCCCGAGCAACAAUGGACUCCGCCCGGAGAAAUCGAAUGCUGUUCCACUUCCAAUCAUGGAUGCUGCGAUCCUAUGAUAUUUGCUAAGCUGCCAAACAUGUUCAUUUAGCAGAUACUGUAUGGAGUUUUCCGAACACCUCUCUCACAAAGGAGGAAGGUUGUCCUGCUGAGGAUGCAAUUCGAUUCUUCCUUUUUAUUACUAUUUCAGAUCUAUAAACUUAUUAAACUUAGACGAUAAUCAAAUUGAAAAGCCAAUGUUUAAAACUGGUGUCUUGGUUUGGACGGGUUUUGUUGGAUUCAUUUAUUUGUUGCCGGUUUCUACUGUAGAUUCUUGGGGGUCGUUUGAUAGCUCAAGUGGUCUUUUUCAUCUCUUUUAUGUCCCAUGCUCAAGGGGACACAGCAUAACAACUGGAGAACAAGUCAUGCUUGAAGGGUGUUUUGUACUAAAUCUCAUGUAAGUAUUCAGACUUUAAAGGAACAAGAGGUGUGGCAGCUCUCCCCACAGCGCGCUGUGUAUUUAAUUCUCAUUAAGGAGGAAA